CUCACGGUACCUGUUUGAUAGGUGAUCGUGAUGAUCCCAUUUUCUUAGCAAAACCCCCUCUACCUCUGCAAAUCCUUCUGCAAUGGCUGAGCCAGUCGUCACCCAGUCUGGCCUGCAGCAAGCCGAAAAGCCACUGAGCUUGAUUCCAGUUGGGCUGAAAGAGGCAGCUCUGGAUUCCCCAACCUUCCGAGCAACCGCUGUACAUUUUUCCGAUCAGGUCGAGAUUAUUGAGAAAUGGCUCGAAGCCUAUGUAAGAUCGAUUUCGAAGCUCGUCCACGAUGUCGCAGCGCUCGAAGAGACCUUCAACGCCUUUCUCCUCCGUUCCGUGCCCCCUGCAAAUGUUUCCGAAGCUGUGCUGGAUCAUGAUUAUACUUUGCUGGCUAUGAAGAGGUUUGGGGAGGGACACAGAGAAUGGUGGUCGCAGGUCAUAUUUGGCAUGAAGAGGAUGGACUCCAAUGUCGUUGAACCCAUCCGGGCUUUCAUGACGGGAGAGUAAGACAAAAAUGCUAGCCAGGUAUUUCCAAAUAGGAUACUGACUCUCAACAGGCUCCGGAAUUUCAAGGAUGCUAGAAGAUAUCUCGAACUUUCACAAAAAACGUUCGAUAACACUUUGGCAAGGUACGUAGGUCAGUCGAAAACGAAGGAGCCUUCCUCUCUGCGGGAGGAUGCUUUUCAGGUCCAUGAAACUAGGAAGGCAUAUCUCAAGGCGUCAUUAGACUUCUGCAUACUGGCACCGCAACUUCGAUAUGCCAUCGACAAGUUGUUGGUCCGGGUCUCUGCAGAUCAAUGGCGAGAAAUGAAACGCUCCCGAGAUGUUACUAGCUUGAAUUUGUCCAAAUGGACAGGCGAGAUGGAUCGUGUGCGAGGGUGGAGUAAAGAAAUGGAGCACGGCGAAGGCGUAUUUCGACGAGAGCUGCAAAUUGCCAGGCGAGAGAUAGCAGAAACAGCUUCCCAGACCUCAAAACCUUCACGGGAAUUGGAAGAUUAUAACCUCUCAACUGUUGCCUUCCUCGGUUCGAGGGGACCAUCCACAGUCAACGUUUCAGCUCAACGAAAGGAAGGGGAAAGAUCAGAAAAGCAAGGUUGGCUUUUUCUUCGGAUAACAUCUGGCAAACCAGCCAGGACUUCCUGGGUCCGUCGCUGGUUCUAUGUCAAAAACGGUAUCUUUGGGUGGCUUGUCCAAGGUGUGCAGUCUGGUGGAGUUGAAGAAAGUGAGAAGAUAGGCGUCUUAUUAUGUAAUGUGAAGCCAGCGGUUCAAGAAGAGAGACGGUUCUGUUUCGAGGUUAAGACUAAGAAUCAAGCGAUCUUACUCCAAGCAGAAACGCAAGGCCAGCUCAUGGAAUGGUUGGAAGCUUUUGAAAUUGCCAAGAACAAGGCGCUUCAAGCCAGUGCCAACGACAAUCACUCUUAUCCUGGUGGGAUAGAUCCCGCAUUUGCAAUUACUCCUCCGUCAGUCCCCGAAUUUGCUAUCAAGGUUAUACACGGCCACGAUUCUCAUGGCAGCGAUGAGAUAUCUUCACUUCCACAAAUCGACAAAGUCAACACACUCCCGGUUCCAGGCUUUGAAAUGGGAAAUCUGGCAACAAGGCAAAGCUUUGAUGUUGGUGGACCCCGUCGUUCAGUGACCAGCAGAGAAGAAGGCGAAAGCAGUCGUGAUCAUGCCGCUAGAAUUAUGCAAAAACUCGACCUGAGGAAAGCGACUGGUCAGAGUGAGAGCUCUUCGAGGGCAGAAGGUGGUAUUGCAAGCCUUAUAUCUGCUAGCCAUAAUAUGCUACCAGUCUACACACCGGUGAUCACGCAGGCAGCCAUCACGAAGCCUAGCUUGAUACUGCCCCAGAAUCUUGAUGUUCACACAAAUACACUAGCACCAAAUACUCUCGCUAAUCCGCCUGCACCCACCAAUUUGAGCAAAUCUGCUAUAAUUGUCGGUGGGGAGCGUGGUGUUGGUAUUGGCCGCAGUGAUGCGACCGGAGGUAUGCCAAGCGGUAUGAUGGCAAAUGUCUGGGGCAGCGCCAAUUGGGGUUAUGUCAAUAGACUUGAGAAGAAUGAAGCCAAAGUGCCAAGUUCGACAAACUCCAACUCUUCGGUGCCCCCAAGCCCUGGCAUACGACCACUCGAUCCAUCCCCGAAAUUCGCCGGCGACGAAAAUCGCAAGCCUGACUCCGCAUCAUCUAACAUUAUCCAGUCGUCCAUUAGUGUGCCUAUGGAUCCAUUAGCACCAUCGGUGAGUUCCCCAGGACCGUCGCAUCGGAAAACACUUAGUGUUGAUGCCGAGACAAAGUUACGUAUGGCGGCCUCUGCCCCCAAAGCGGAAUCUUUCCCAAGUAAUUAUCCGUUGGAGCUGAAAACCCAGGAGGCUCAAUUCCGAAUGCUCUUUCCUAAUGUCCCACGCGAAGAAAAGCUACUACUUGUCUUUAGGGCAACUUGGAAUCCCAAUGAGCAGCAAGAAUUCCCCGGAAGAGUUUAUGUCACCCAAAAGAACUUUUUCUUCUACAGUCACCAUCUUGGUCUUGUCUUGGUUACCGGUGUAGGCAUGAAUAGUAUACUGGAAGUUACAGCUGCUCCGGGACGGGACUGUGAUUUCAUAUUCCUCCAUCUUCGAGAACAUGUUACGAAUGCGGGUUUCACUCGCAUUACUAUAAAGACGUUUUUGGAACCUCUUCGGCUUUUGCAAUCCAGACUCAAUUAUCUCGUCGAUAUCUCUCAGUCUGAAGAGCGGCUAGGCCUCGAGGAAACAAUGGCAGCUUUGAUCAAAAUGGAAAACGAGGACCCAACUAGAAGCCCCAGUAUGGAAAGCUGGGAGGAUGUCUCCAUGAAUACUCCUAUUGAUGAUGGUACCCUUUCUGGAAGGACCCGCAAGGAUCGAGAUCUGAGAUCGUCGCUUCACGUUGAAAGGUCUCUUAAUCCAGGGAGAGCUACCAAAGAAAUCACAAAGUUUCAGCUACCGUCACAGCCAGUAGUGUACGAACCCCAGGACAUGCAAAGAAAGGUGGUAGAGAGAAAUUUCGACAUCAGCCCCAAGGCUCUCUUUCAUGUGAUGUUUGGCGAUAAAAGUGCAGUUUUCCAACUGCUAUACCAUGAACGUCGGGCUCAACGUAUUGCGCAAGGCCCUUGGGUCCCAUUGGAAAAGGGACACAUGCGUCGGGACUGUGAGUUCCAGAUCGAUUACUUUGAUAUAUUUCACCGAGUCCGGCAGGCAAACGUGGUUGAUUACCAAGUGAUUGAUGUCAUGAAUGAUCACAUUUGCUACGUCGUUUCGGAUCUGAAAACGCCAUGGCACCUGCCAUACCACAAGGACUUUAUGCUGGUCUCGAAGAUAGUCAUCACACACGUUGCGAAAUCAAAGUGUAAAUUGGCGAUAUACACCAAGGUUGACUGGUCCAAGGCCCCCACUUUCUCGAAAGGCCUGGUUGAACGACAAGCGCUUGACGAUUCUGCGCUCGAUGCUCUUGAUUUGAUCGAUGUGGUCAGUGAGCAAGUUCGAAAAUUGGGACCGCAGAGCAGAACGAAAAAGGCCAUCCACAUUUUUGGACACAUUGGGCAACAGACAGGCGUCUCCUUGUUCUCCGCCACGGAUUGUGCAAAUUCGAAGCGGCCACAGAUCAAGCAGCGAACGCUCACCAAUAUGUUGUUUGAGACAAUUGGCUCAUUCGGAGAAAGCGCUAUUUCGUCGGUCAUGAUGUGGACCUUUGCUAUCAUCCGCUCUGUAUGGAAAGCUGCGACGGCUAACAGCAUUAUUCUCAUAGCACUCAUUUUGAGCAUUAUGACGAAUGCAUUCUUCACGUCGAGAGAUACCUCUGUGUGGUGGUCUGAGCGAAACGCUGCCAAGUUCAUGACCCGAAUUGGGGUAGGACCAAAUAAUAUGAUGAGCAAGGCCAUUUAUCUGAAGGAUCUCGAUGAGGCAUUGAUGUCACCACCGACUAACCUCUUGGAGCAACCGGGAAGACAAUGGUGAGUACAUACCCUAAGUUGGAAAGCGGUUUUUAUGCUAAUCAUCACAGCUUCGAUCAUUUUAGAGAGAUUGCAAAUUUGACUGAUCUAGAUGCCUCGCAUCAGACAGCAGGGGUGCUCUUCUCAGACACAUCAACUCAGGCCACUGCUCGUCGUCUGCACCGAACUCGACAACAUCUUGGGUCAUAUCGACAUGAUUUAGUUGUAGCGAUGCGUGUGGUGAACAGCAUCGAGAGAGAAAUGAUGAAUGCUGAGUGGGAGAAUUGGCUUCUUGACGAAAACGCGAGAUGCAAACAGGUCCAGACUAUCCUGCAAGAAAAUCGCGCGCGGCCGACGAAGGGAAAGAACUUGAAAAGGGAUAGCACCCAGCAAGUUCUUUCAGCGAAAGAGAGAGAGAGAAGCGAGAAGCUAGAGGAUAUGCGAGAAUGGCAUCACGAAUAUUGUGGCAGCUGCAAGAGUGAGCAGGAGUUGAUGCUCGAGGGUAGGAGACAUUUGGCCUUUGGUUGAGGCGUGUGUAUAAGAUGUACAAAGGGAAGCUGGAUAUAUUGAUUGAGCAAGGCGUCGGGGAGUUGUUCAUAGGUCAGUUGAGGGCCUGCAUUGUAUUGCAUCGCAUCGCAUCACAUCGCAUUCUACUUGGUCCCUCUUUAUGUAGCAUCCAUUGGGGUUUUAUCAAGUUUCUCAUUUGAGCUUAGAUCAAUC